AUGCAACCACCAAUCCAUCCGCCACGGACUCAAGAGCUUCUAGCCCCUCUGUUAGGCGCACUGCCGUCAGCCUCCAUCUCGAAAGAUGCUCCCAGUGCUCUCCUACCCCUCCUCUCUCCCAUACUGCGCCAGCGGGUACAAUUACUCUCCUCGGCCAGCACGGAGCCGUGGCUCUCCCUUCUAUGCUACGACCAUGCGAAGACGCAGAAACUAGAGCAGGCGGCGAAGAGCGAGAGCUUGGAGGCACACCCGGUAUCCGGUGAGGUCGAGGUGGAUUGGGAAUACGACGUGGAUGUCAGAUACAAACGGGUGGACGAGGAGACGCUGCAAGCUCUGGUGUCGCUACAGCCCUUCGGUAUUGAGGUGAAGCUCAUCUGGUGUGUCAACGACGAAGCGGGGGGUGGUGAUGGUUGGAGGAUAGGGGAAGUGAGUGUCCCCGAUGCGGAUGGCGUUUGGGGAGAGAAAAGCAUUCGAGAUGCAGAGGACCAGUUUGAAUCCCAUACUGCUCGGCAGGAACCCCGCAAUGGUGGCACGAAUGGAGGCAGUCUUCUGACGCCGGAUGAGGAGGAGGGCGACGAUGACGAUUACUGGGCGCAGUACGAUAAUACGCCCUCUCAAACACCAGCCGCCAAACACUCUCCUGCUCCUCCAGCUCUCGGCAACCAUCUCGGGUCCAAUGCGAAUGAGGAAGAUUACUAUGCACAUUACGGAAAUGUACAGCCGGCAAUGGAUAACCACGAUCCAGACGAGGCCCAGCAAAACGGUGACAUCGAGUCCUCUCUCGGACGGGACGAGAUAGCAAGAGAACUGCAACAUCAACUCUCCGCACACCCCGAAUUGACAUCUUUCCCACCCCCUCUCCCACCCUUUGAACAAGAGAAAUCUGACUUCAUCAUCCACCCCAGAGCCUCAUCCAGCACGGGGAGUUCUGGGAGUGACACUGUGGCUCGAUUAGAACGCCGGGCUGCCGCGAACUCCAUGAGUGAGCAGAGUGAGACGGCGAUUAAACAACAUAUCUCUACCACCAUGAAGAGUCUUUAUCGUUUAGCUAAGGUUGGUGGCAUUGAUCGGGGGGAGUUUGAGAGAUUGGUUAGGACCGAGUUGGAUUGUCUGGGGUUGAUGGAUGAGGAGGAGUUAUGA